GCCUACGUAGGCUAUAGGGGCCAAAUUUACUCAGUUGUGCUGAAACUUUGUGUGCCGUCGGUUCAUGUCCAAACAUGGAGGGCUUACUGUUAUUAUCUCUCCUGAGCCUGUCUCUGGCGCUUCCUAGUCAAGGUGUUUUAAUACUCUUUCAGAGCCACCACCACGACCCAACUGCAUCAAAAUGACACCAGAGAAGGAGCAACAAAUCGACAUCAUAGUCGAGAAACUCGGAGAAUUCCUUAACAAGCUGUCCAUAGAGCACGAACACUUUGACAUCCGUCUCAUCAAGCUAUCCAUAGAGCAACAUACCGAGGACGAAGACGAGAAAGAGACAAUGCUGCAACUCUCUGUCAACGACUGUCAACUGUCAGAUGAUGAUCUAGAUGAGAUAGACCAUCAUAGAGAAAAAGCGAGAGAAAAAGAAGAGGAAAGAGAAGCUAAAGAAGAAACGGAAGCGGAAAAAGGAAAAGCUAGAGAGGAAAAAGAAGCGGAACUGAAAAACAAUCAGAAUUCUGAUACUGAUAAGAAGGAAGAUGAUACUUUAGAAAAGGAAGAAAGAACCAAUGAAUCCAAUGCUAAUGAGGAACAAGAUCAUACUGUGGAAGAAAAACCGGAUAAUUCCAAUAAAUCGGAAACUAGUAACAAACAAGAGCUUCCCAAUGCAAAUAUUGAAGAAGAAAAUGAAAAAACGGAAGAAGAAAACAACUCACGUGUUGAAAAACCGACAGAAGAAAUAAAUAAAGAUCAUGUAGAUACUGGCAGCGAAAAUAAACCUGGAGCCGGUGAAAAAGAUGAUAGCUCGAAGAAUAAUGAUAAAGAAGAACAAGAAAAUCAAAACUGCGCUAAUACGAAAGAUGAUGAAAAAGAAGGUGAAUUAUUAAAGAAUAAAGACAAGGAAGUAGAAAUUAAUAGCGAGAAAGCGAACUUAAAUAAUGACAAAGAUAUACAACACGAGGCAGCCGUACUGAAGAAUGAGAAAAAAGAAAUAGAAAAUAAUGGAAAAGAAGAAGAGCAAUUACAUAAUAAUGAUAAAGAAGUACGUCCUGAGAUUAUGUAUUUAGAUUUGGACGAAAAAGGACAGAAGCUUUUAGAAGCUAUGGGUAAAAAGGAUAAGAAUCCGAUAGUCGUUUACGUACAACAGCGAAACUCAGGACAAUCGGAGUACUGGUUUCUGAAAAGGAGAUAGUAAUGUGUUAAAAGUUUAAAUCAAAUAAAUGAUAAGUAGUGCUCCUUAACAUUUCAAUUUUAUAGUAGCGAGAUCGGAACGUACAGCUUAACAAAAAAGAGUACAAAUGGAACUAAUUUUGUUAUCAUAGCAAUGCUUACUUAAAGUGUCUCAAAAGUUGCCACAAGCAAAACGGUUUGACAUAGACAGUGGCGCCUUUAUUAUUUUGCUACUCUCUUUUGACAGGCUGUAGGAAUGUUAGGGACGAUCAAUGAAAUGUUAUCAUGCAAAUGUUAUGUAAAUGACUUUAAUUGAUAUUUUCACAUGAAUUUUAAUUAACUCACCAACGCUGUCGCGAAAUUAAACGGUUAUUGUCGUUCACUAAUGAUAAAAAAGCGGUAUACGUUCAUUCACAAAAGCUGGCACAAAUGGAACGAAUGAGUGAAUGAAAAUAUCUAUGUGUGUGACAGAUUAACCAAUAAAAUAGUGGCUCUUGGCAGUGACGUCUGUAUAGUGUAUACCGAUGCAGUGUCACUUCACACAAUAAAAGUUUCGUUCAUUCCAUUCGUGCCAGCUUUCGUGAAUCUACCUGUACUAUAGUGCUUAGGUAGUUCUAAGCACUAUAGUUCUGUGUACCUAAAUACAAAUUAUUAUGCCGGCGAUUAUUGCCCUUGCUUAAGGUAGUUUGCGAGCGAGGUAGGACAAUA